AUGGAGCAUCUUUUGAAGAGAAUAUUUGAUACCACCCAGAACACACUACUAGUCAUUUUAUUCAUUGAAUUAAUAAUUGGAAUUAUAGGAAAUGGAUUCACAGCCUUAGUGUACUGCAUGGAUUGGGUUAAGAGAAAAAACAUGUCAUUAGUUAAUCAAAUCCUCACUGCUUUGGCAACUUCCAGAAUUUGUCUGCUCUGGAUCAUGCUAAUAGGUUUACUGAUUACCUUACUGGACCCAUAUUUCCUUAUGACUAGACCAAUGAUACAAGUCAGUAGUAAUCUGUGGACUAUAGCUAACCAUACCAGCAUCUGGCUUGCUACAUGCCUCAGUGUCUUUUAUGUUCUCAAGAUAGCCAGUUUUUCUAACUCUCCUUUUCUCUAUCUAAAGGGGAGAGUUAAAAAAGUGGUUUCCGUUACACUGCUGUUAUCUCUGGUCCUCUUGUUUUUAAAUAUUUUACUAGUUAACUUGGAAAUUAACAUGUGUUUAAAUGAAUAUCAUCAAAUAAACAUAUCAUACAUCUUUAUAUAUUAUUAUCAUGCAAAUUGUCAAAUACAGGUGUUAAGAUACCACAUUAUUAUCCUGUCUGUCCCCUUUGUUUUGUCCCUGUCAACUUUUCUCCUGCUCAUCUUCUCCCUAUGGACACAUCACGAGAGGAUGCAGCAGCAUGUUCAGGGAUACAGAGAUGCCAGAACCAUGGCCCACUUCAAAGCCUUGCAAACUGUGAUUGCCUUUUUCCUACUAUACCUCAUUUAUAUCCUUUCUCAGUUACUACAACUUUGGAAACAUAAGUUAAUGAAUAAAGUUCAUUUCAUUUUAUUUAAUAAUAUAAUAAAUAUAGCUUUUCCUUCAUUCCAUUCAUAUGCCUUGAUUCUGAGAGACAGGAAGCUUAGGCAGGCCUCUCUCUCUGUGUUGUGGCAGCUGAAAUGCAGGCCAAAUUAUGUGGAAUAA